AUGGGGAACACAUGUGUGGGACCAAAUAUUGGUAAUAACGGAUUCUUGCAAUCUGUUACCGCCGUGGUGUGGCGGUCCCGGGCGCCGGAGGACAGUCUUCCUCCGCCUAAUCAGGAAAGUGAAGGCAAAAGUUCUCAAAAUGGCCCUCGUGAUUCAUCAUCAAAAGGAUCAGAGGUUGGUUCUAAACGUGGUGGUGAUCCGCCUCCAAUGCCGGUCCAAAGCACGCCUCCUCAGACUGUGAAAAUUGUCAGUGAUCAACAACAACCGAAGACGGUUGAACCCGAGAAGCCUGUUAAGCCAGAGGCGGUAAGACCAGAGGUAAAGGAGCAGGAAACAAAGCCUUCGGAGACAGCGAAACCGAAGAAACCGACGCAUAUCAAGAGGCUUUCGAGUGCAGGGCUUCAAACAGAGUCGGUGUUGGGAAGGAAAACUGCUAACAUAAAGGACUUCUAUAGCUUGGGAAGGAAGCUUGGACAAGGGCAGUUCGGGACGACGUUUCUCUGCCUGGAGAAGGGGACGGAGAAGGAAUUCGCUUGCAAGACGAUCGUGAAGAGGAAGUUGACGACGGACGAGGAUGUCGAGGAUGUCAGGAGGGAGAUUCAGAUAAUGCACCACUUGGCGGGCCACCCCAAUGUGAUACAGAUCGUUGGGGCUUAUGAGGAUGCCGUGGCAGUUCAUGUUGUUAUGGAGCUUUGCGCAGGCGGAGAGCUUUUCGAUAGGAUCAUACAAAGAGGGCACUAUACGGAGAGAAAGGCGGCGGAGCUUGCUAGGAUUAUAGUUGGGGUUGUUCAAGCAUGCCAUUCUCUUGGUGUUAUGCAUAGGGACUUGAAGCCGGAGAACUUUUUGUUUGUCAACCAUGAAGAGGAGGCACCGCUUAAGACGAUAGAUUUCGGGCUUUCUAUGUUCUUCAGGCCAGGUGAAACGUUCACCGAUGUGGUUGGGAGUCCUUACUACGUAGCGCCAGAAGUCCUACGGAAGCAUUAUGGUCCAGAAUGCGAUGUUUGGAGUGCUGGGGUAAUCAUCUACAUUUUACUAAGUGGAGUGCCUCCAUUCUGGGACGAAACGGAGCAAGGAAUUUUUGAGCAGGUUUUAAAAGGCGAACUCGACUUUGUUUCAGAACCAUGGCCCAGCAUAUCCGAAAGUGCGAAGGAUCUGGUUCGUAGAAUGCUUGUAAGGGACCCUAAGAAACGGGUUACAGCCCAUGAGGUUCUUUGCCAUCCUUGGGUUCAAGUUGAUGGUGUUGCUCCUGAUAAGCCUCUCGAUUCCGCUGUUUUAACACGCUUGAAGCAAUUCUCCGCCAUGAACAAGCUAAAGAAAAUAGCCAUUAGGGUUAUUGCAGAAAUCCUGUCUGAAGAGGAAAUUGCAGGUCUGAAGGAAAUGUUUAAGAUGAUAGAUGCGGAUAACAGUGGACAGAUCACUCUUGAGGAACUGAAAAAUGGUUUCGAAAGGGUGGGUGCAAAUCUCAAGGAUUCCGAAAUUCACGGCCUUAUGCAAGCGGCAGACAUCGACAAUAGCGGUACAAUAGACUACGGCGAGUUUGUGGCAGCAAUGCUCCAUCUAAACAAGGUCCAGAAGGAGGAUCACCUAUAUGCAGCCUUCUCAUACUUUGACAAAGAUGGGAGUGGUUACAUAACUCCAGAUGAGCUCCAACAAGUCUGUGAGAAGUUUGGCUUGGAAAAUGUUCAAUUAGACGACAUAAUACGAGAAGUCGACCAGGAUAAUGAUGGUCGUAUCGAUUACAAUGAAUUCGCGGCUAUGAUGCAAGACACCGGUUUUGCCAAGAAGGCAUUACAAAAUAACACCAGUAUCGGAUUGAGGGAAGCCUUAAAGCAAUAG